AGAAAAGCUAUUGGUAUUUCGAGAGAAUCCCCGACACCAUUAGCGGAACAGACAGACAGACAAUUCUCGGAAAUUGUCUCCAUCUCAUCGAACAAUUCUAACAUUUAUAUACAGCUUAUCUUCCAGAACAAAUUCAGAAAGUUCACCAGUGAAUUUUCAAAAAUACAAGUUUCAGUUUCAGAACAAUUGGUUACCAUAUCAAUUGCCGCAGUUAUCAAGACUACCAGACCCGAAUUGCUAAGAAUUCAGUAGUUGUCCAUUCAGUCAUCUCUCGUUCAUCUAGCCUCAAAUUGAAUUAAGAAUCUCACUUUCAAACUUCAAUUUCAAUAUUUCCAUCCGUUUAGUUUCAAUUUCAUCCAUAAAAUGUCUGCUACUCAAAAGAGAAUUGCUUUACCAGCCAGAGUCGAACCCAAGGUGUUCUUUGCCAACGAGAGAACUUUCCUCUCGUGGUUGAACUUCACUGUCAUCCUCGGAUCUCUUGGUGUUGGUUUGUUGAACUUUGGUGAUGCCGUCGGCCGUAUUUCCGCCGGUCUUUUCACCUUCAUUGCCAUGUUGACCAUGGUAUACGCCUUGGUCACUUACCACUGGAGAGCUAAGGCUAUCAGAUUGAGAGGUUCUGGACCUUACGAUGACAGAUUUGGUCCUACUAUGUUGUGUUUCUUCUUGUUGGUCGCUGUGGUAAUCAACUUUGUGUUGAGAAUCAGAGCUUGAUCUUCAUAUCCAUCUUCAUCUUCAUUAAUUGUCAAUCUUUGUUUAAUAGUCAUAAUGCACACAUAGAAACGAAUGGCACGUAAAGUCAAAUAUUGUUUUGUAUCUACUACUAUAUCAUUUUCUUCU